AUGAGCAGCAAAAUAGCAGCAAUCAACGAUGCCGACGUUCACCGCAUCACGUCGGGACAGGUGAUCAUUGAUCUCGCAUCUGCCGUAAAAGAACUUUUAGAUAACAGUAUUGAUUCUGGAGCAGACCAAGUGGUGUGCACAUUCAAAAACUACGGACUUGAAUCCCUCGAAUGUAGUGACAACGGAAGUGGUGUACCUGAGGAUAGCUACGAAUCCUUAGCACUCAAACAUUACACAUCGAAGAUAUCCUCUUUCGAAGAUGUUUCUCAAGUGACGACUCUAGGUUUUAGAGGAGAAGCGCUUUCGUCUUUGGCAGCCAUUGCGAGCUUGGUCGUUACAACAACCACUCAGCCUCCAAAAGCAGCGAGGUUGGAGUACAAUUUCAAGGGUGAGCUGGUUAAGAAGACAGUAACCUCCCGAAACAAGGGCACAACUGUACAUGUUUCUCAACUUUUUAACAACUUGCCUGUGCGGAAGAAGGAAUUUACGCGCAACCACAAGCGGCAGUUCAGUAAGUGUAUUAUGCUGCUUCAGGCGUAUACUAUAAUUCAAGAACGCAUGAAAAUAUCUGUCUGGCACAUAACAGGAAAUGGCCGAAGGUCCUUGGUGCUCUCAUCAACAAAAGACCGAGGAAUUCCAAAGAGAAUCAUCGGGGUUUUUGGGUCUAGUGCUAUGCAAGGACUGUCGGAUAUUCACCUAACUCUUCAGAUCUCACCCAAGAGAUCUUUCUCUUCCCAGCUAUCUGGCGCAGAGGUUUCUUCAGGUUCCCCAGAGUACAUUAUUGUGGUAUCAGGUUAUAUUUCGAGAAACACGUUUGGGUGUGGAAGAACCGCCAAGGACAGGCAGUUUAUUUACAUCAACCAGCGGCCUGUCAUCUAUCCGUCACUUGCAAAAAGUUGCAACGAAGUCUAUCGCACACACAACAACGUUCAGUAUCCAGUGUUUGUUCUCAACUUUGAGCUAUCACCAGAAUUCAUAGACGUAAACGUAACUCCUGACAAGAGGACUGUUUUACUACAUGCCGAAAGCUCUGUCAUUGAUGCAUUUAGAGAAGCUCUCGCAGAUUAUUACUCCGAACAAGAAAUGGUACUACCAAUCUCAAACACACAUACUGUUAAGGUUGAUAAUGAUAAUACAGAGCCGAAGGUUGCGAAACCUGGUGUUAUGAGUCAGGAACUUGAUGGCGAGUAUAAUAAUGAUGUUGGAGAAGAUAGUAGACAAACUCUCGAUGGCAGAAUCGAUACUGGUCCGUACAGAGAGAAUGGUCCGAAAACCGAAUCUCCCGAAAGUGAGGAACGUGAAGCUCUUUUUGAUCUUUCCAAUGCCAAAGUAUCUAACAAGAUGAUCGAAAAAAGUCUCCCUCAACCGAACCUUUUUGUUGAUGAGCCUGAUUCGCCCAGCGAGAAUAAUGCCACUACUGCAAAAGCUCCCGCUCCAGAGGCUAUUGUGAAGGAAGUUAUAGGCACGGACAAUGAAGAGAGGACAGCAAAGCGAGCCGCUGAUUACGAGUUGAACAUAAAUAAAAAACAGAAGACUUUAGACCCCUUUGUUAAUCCAUCGCAAGAACAAGACUCUGACCUCUAUUUGAGAGGCGAAAACUCUAUCUCUCAAGAACCCAUCACUUUGCAAAUUGGCGAUAAAAAGAUAGAAGAAAAAGCCAUCCUUACUCGAGACAACCGUCUUUUGUUCUCUAGUAAUCCAAAGGCUCCUCAAUCCUGUAGCUGCUCAUCCGACAAUGAAGAAUCAGACUCCGAAAGUUUAAACCAAAGUGCCAUCACGAAUGUCAUAGGAAGUGAAAGGGCUCCUUCUGAUACCGGCGCAGAGAAUAGUUAUCCAAUCAUAAGGCCGAACGCAGAUUCUUAUGCAAGAAAGGCGCCAAAAUCGUCUUGGGAGAGUGCUGCAAUUCAAAAGUCAUCCAACGACUGCGUCUCGUUAACCACCGCUAUAACAGUUCGAUUGCAGUCAAUCAAGAAGUCUUUCUCUCAUAUAUACCAACUUAUGGAAUCAAGGAAGGGAACACAACAUGAGACGCAUUACCAGAAAAACGACAAGCUUGACGAUUUCGAAGAGGGAGAGAGAUACUUGACGUUGAGUGUUUCUAAAUCAGAUUUCAAGAAAAUGGAAAUUGUGGGUCAAUUCAAUUUGGGAUUUAUCUUGGUAACGCGAAGAAAGUCGGGCAAAUUCGAUUUGUUUAUUAUCGAUCAACAUGCGAGCGACGAGAAGUACAACUUUGAAAAGCUCCAAAAGAAUACGGUAUUUAAGUCUCAAAAGCUUCUUGCGCCUCAAAUUGUCGAAAUGAGUAUCAUCGAUGAACUCGUCAUGAUGGACAACCUCGAGGUGUUUGAGAAGAAUGGAUUUAAACUCGAAAUUGAUGAAGAGCAGCCACAAGGAUGUAGAGUAAAGGUAGUAAGUCUUCCAGUAUCAAGAAAAACAUUGUUUGAUAUGAAUGACUUGCAUGAACUAAUCCACCUGGUGAAAGAGUCUGACGGCCUUAGUAAAGAUUCUAUUAGGUGCUCCAAGAUUAGGGCCAUGCAUGCCAUGAGAGCCUGCAGAAGCAGCAUAAUGGUCGGAAGGCCGCUUGUCAAAAAAUCGAUGCUCCGCGUUGUUCGAAACUUAAGCGAGCUCGACAAGCCCUGGAACUGUCCUCACGGCAGGCCCACGAUGCGCCAUUUGAUGGAACUACGAGAUUGGGACUCUUUUAAUGAGGAUUACAAGCUAUAG